AUGGAUCACAAUUACCAAUUGGCAAAUCAAGAAUUUGUACAAUUUCUUCGAUCACAUAGGAGUGUCAACCCAGCAGACUUGGAGCAUGCUAUUUUGAUGCAUGGAGUUGGUAUUCGAAUUCCUCAAAUAGUGGACCUUCAAGCUUACCAAGCUGGGGGCCACAACAAGAUGGGAUACACAGAAAAGGAUCUACGAAAUGCUGUUGACCAAUUCCAUAGGAAUGCACUUGAAGUUGAUUCUCAAUCUCGUUUGGAUUACCAAUAUUUUGGUGAUGUUCUUGUCUUUGACUCCACAUACCGCACUAAUGCUUAUAGGAAGCCACUAGUAAUUUUGGCCGGUGUAAAUCAUCACUAUGUUACCACAAUUUUUGGUUGUGCAUUAAUUGCUGAUGAGACCGAGGACACAUAUAAGUGGGUAUUAGAAACAUUUUUGGAGGCCAUGGAAAAAAAGACACCUAUCUCAGUUGUCAUUGAUGGGGAUGGUGCAAUGAGAAAUGCAAUAAAGGCAGUCAUUCCUUAUGCCUGUCACCGAUUAUGUGCUUGGCAUUUAAAAAGAAAUGUUGUUGCCAAUACAAAUAAGGGGUUCGUUCUUGAUUUUGAUGUGGCUAUGGACAUGUUUUGCAGCCAUGAGGAGUUUGAGAGAAGGUGGCAUUUGCCAGUUGAAAAACACAAUUUGAAAGAUAACCAAUGGGUUGUGGAUUUAUACAACAAAAGGGAAAAAUGGGCUGCUGCAUUUUUGAGAGGACACUUUUUUGCUGGUAUGAAAUCAACCCAAAGAUCAGAGCAAUUGAAUGCUACGGCGCACAAGUAG